CUGCGUUGAAAAUGGCACCAGAGCCUUUACCAGGCACAACGCCAUUGUUGGCGUCCAGUACACAUAAAUCCGAUAUGCAUUUGUCAUCCGCUGCCACUUCAAACGGUGAUAGUUGUAAGGUUAAAGUAUCUAAUAAAUCGCGUAAUGCAGACGCACUUGAAAGAAUACCAAAUAAACAAACGUUAAAGCAACAAAAACAUACCAUAAACACUACCGUUAAGGACAAAGAAAUCAAACAAAAUUCCAAUAAUAAUAAUAACAACAACAACAAUAAUAACAACAAAUGCAAUGGAAUGCAAAUGUCUAUGGCAAUUUCUUCAUCAAUAUGUGAAGUUCGACAGCAGCCAGACAACGUCGCUGCUGCUACGAAUGCAAGUGCCAAUGAAAGGCUAAUACAAAUGCAAAUUUACAAUAAAAGCAACAACAACAACAACAACAACAAGAAAAACAGCUCUAUUAACAACAAUAACAACAACAGCAAGAACCAUAGCAAGACUGUCAAUGCAGUAAGUAAUAAUGGAACAACUAGCACCAACGACGCUAUAAGAAACGGUAUUAGUAAUUCCGCUGCCGCUGCCCCUGUUACUGCUGCUGUUGUUAAGAUUGACGAUGCUGCCACUGCCACUGCUAAGGCUAGUACUGAAAAUAAUAUUAUUGUAGAUAUAAAAGAAGAGUGUGGUGCAGAGAAUGUUAUGAUUAAAACGGAAGAAGAAAGUGUGGAGUGUAGUCAAGAAACAGUUGUUGCUGACAAGGAGAAUGAAAUCGAAUCAAAUUCAACUGACAGUAAUAUUUUUGCCAAACCGAAACCAGUGUUGUUAAGCGCUGUAAAUCCUAACAUAAUAUGCGGUCUAUGUAAGGGCUAUCUUAUAGAUGCAACAACUAUUGUAGAAUGUUUACAUUCGUUUUGCCACAGUUGCCUAAUUCAACAUUUGCGCAUGGAACAAUAUUGUCCUCGUUGUGAAAUGAUAAUAAAUACAGCAAAACCAAAUAUCAAGUAA